UCCCAGAUUUUUGUGCAAGACGCAACUUGAUUAUAUUGCUUUUUACAUCUUAUAAUAACAUUUUACAUCUUAUAAUCUCUUAUAAGCAAUUGUUGCAAACGAUUCAUAUUCAAUACGCAAGAAUGGAAUUUGUUAAAAAUAGUCUCGGCAAAUAUUAUCCCAACAUGUCUGAACUCGAAUUACAGUUAUAUGAUAUUUGUGGCGACGACAGAAAUCUUGACGGAAUUGCCCGAGACAUGAUUGAAGAAAUAAUCAACCAACACAACAACUACAUUCAAAGCACUCUGCUUAGUGCGCUUGUGGACACAAACAAAAUUAAAAAAUUCAAUGAUUUCUGCAACGAAGAUAUUUUCAUCAAAGAAUUUCCCAUCACUAAUUUUAUAUAUUCACUCUAUAAUCUUUCUGACUCAAAAGAUCUAUUUAUUAAUACUCCUACAAUUGAGACGUUCAGUAUCAAAAAGUAUUAUCUGCCGAUCUUUAUUAUUCUGGGUCUUUUGGGCAACUGUUUGUCAGCUAUUGUGUUUUUUCGUAAAAAGAUGCGUUCCUUCUCGUCCAGCAUCUACUUGGGCGUGCUAGCGAUAAGCGAUAUGAACUUAUCGCUGAUGAUAUUUAUACAAUGGUUCAGAAUAAUGGAAAUAUUAGAAGUACAUAAUUUGCAUUGGUUAAAUUACUCUAAGAAUUUCUUGAUUUAUUUUUUAAAAUUCUUGAGUGUGUGGCUUAUAAUAGCCUUUAUCAUCGAACGAUAUAUAGUGACGAAAUAUCCGCUUCUACGUCAAUCCUGGUGCACUGUUAAACGAGCAAAAAUCGUAGUGAUCACGCUGAUAGGACUAACGAUUUUGUACAGCCUCUUAUAUGUUUUCCUCGAGAGUACAUUAAUGAAUACGAAAGACCAAGAUAUACAGAUCUUGCAUUUAUUCAAACAUGUAUCAUCAGAGUUUAUGAAAAAAGAUUAUUCAGACAUUUAUGUGAUGGCUAAUGCUAUUAUAAUGUUUACCCUACCUGCACUUAUGAUAAUAAUUUUCAAUACUCUGAUAGGAUGGCAAAUUUACCAACAAAAUUGUGUCAAUAAAACCUUUAUUUCAACAUCCGGUACUUCCAGUGAGAGGACUCAGAUUUCUGAAAAUAAAAUGUCUGAUUGUGAGAAUAAGAUCACAAAAAUGCUUAUUCUUGUUUCGAGCAUGUUUGUAAUCUUGAAAUUACCUGCACAUUACAUUUUUUACAUUAAUUACUUUCCCGAAUAUGUCAAUGUGUCAGUUAUGUAUAUGACAUCCGAUUUAUUAGACACAGCACAUUACGGUAUAAAUUUUGUUCUCUACUGCGCAACGGGACGAACUUUUCGUAAAGAACUAAUCCGCAUAUUUACGAAACGUACAAAUAUAAGAAAGAAGAGAAAUAUCAUGGAGAUGGACAGUUAUAACUUGCAAAUUUACGUUCAAUCGCACUUCAAACAAAACAAUGUAUUUGUUAACAACGCACAAUUGAAAGUUUCUCAAAAGAAGUUAACACUCCUGAUAUACACAAGAGAUUAUAAUAUACAUUAUAACUUCAUAAAAAUCACAAAUCUAUACUAGCCAAUGUAUUGAUAUAUAAGCACAUGUCUUUUCAUUUUACUUACUGCGUGUGUACAUGUAUUUUAUCCUAUAUAAUUAACGCUUUUAAGCAUGCUUGUAAUUUUUAUUUGUCACAUGUAUAUAUUGCUUCCUAUUAUGUGACCAUUUUUCAUCGAUAUACUUAAUUAACAAUAUAAAUUGAAUUUGUAUCUGGUGUUGAAAAUAGUUGUUAAAACGAGAGAGCAUACAUUAACCACUUAUUGUUAGAUUACGCCAGUAAUGUUUGUUCCAAUAUAAAACAAAUAUCAGUAUUAUAAUUUCCCCAAAAUAGUAAUACGAUAAUUUUGCAAACACAUGUAUU